AUGUUCCUGCCAUCGACCAGUAUAGGACGCAGCCGGCUGUGUGCAUCAGUUAAUAUCCCGAUUUUGUUAUUUGCAGGACAUACCAAUGACCUAUUAGAGCUGAGAAUUGUGCUGCUGGGGGAUACUGACUCUGGAAAGAGUUCAGCAGGAAACAUCAUCCUGGGCAGUGAUGAGUUUGAGAUAAAGAGAACUGCUCAGUGUGUGAAGAGACAAGGAGAGGUAGCAGAGAGACGCAUUACUGUAGUUGAAGCUCCAGGAUGGUGCACAGAUAUGCCUAUAAAGGAGAGCACUGAGUUACAUAAAAAUGAGAUUGUGCUCAGUGUGUCUCUGUGUCCUCCAGGACCCCACGCUCUACUACUGGUCAUUCGUUUGGAUAUUGUAUUUACAGAAGUCGAGAAAACAGCUUUAAUGGAACAUCUAAAGCUUCUCACAGAGAAAGCGUGGAGUCGCGCUAUAGUGCUGUUCACUCGUGGAGACUGGUUGGGAGACACACCCAUAGAGCAGCACAUUGAGAGUGAAAAGAAGGACCUCCAGUGGCUGGUAGAGAAAUGUGGGAACAGGUAUCAAGUUCUCAACAAUAUGAACAGGAGUGAUAAGACCCAGGUCACAGAACUGCUGGAGAAGAUAGAGGAGAUGGUGGCAGCAAAUAGUGGGGGCUGUUUUGAAAUGGACCAAAAAAUUCUACAGAAAGUGGAAGAAAAGAGGAGAGCAAAUGAAAAGGGAGCAGAAAAGAGGAUGAUGAAGGUUCAAAAACAGAGAGAGGACCUCAGAUCUCAGAUUAUACACACACCUUAUCUCACAGAGAUGAGGAUUGUGCUGAUGGGUUACAAAUUUGCUGGGAAAACGUCAUCAGGAAACACCAUCCUAGGCAGAGAAGAGAUAAAGAGAACUGUUGAGAUUGUAAAGAGACAAGGGGAAGUAGCAGGGAGACACAUCACUGUAGUUGAAGCUCCAGGAUGGAGCGAUAGAGCUUUGAAGGAGAGAAGGGAAGCAUUUAAACAACAGAUUAUGCUAAGUGCAUCCCUUUGUCCUCCAGGACCCCACUGUCUGCUGUUGGUCAUACGAGUGGACACUGCUUUUAAAGAAAAGGAGGGAAAGAUAUUAAAUGGAUACAUGAAGCUUUUCAAUCAGAGAGUGUGGAGUCACAUGAUGGUGCUGUUCACCUUCGGGGACUAUCUGGGUGACACACCCAUAGAGCAGCACAUUGAGAGUGAAGGGAAGACCCUGCAGUGGCUGGUUGAAAAAUGUAGGAACAGGUAUCACAUUCUCAACAAUAUGACCUGGGAUGAUGAUGCGCAGGUCUCGGAGCUGCUGGAGAAGGUAGAAGAGGUGGUGGUGGCAAACAAGGGAUGCCAUUUUAAAAUGGGCAGAACAUUUCUACCAGAAGUGGAAGCCAAAAAGAAAGGAGAACCAGCAAAGGCAAAAGAAAAGAUGGUGAAUGCUGAGAAACAAAGCAAGAACAUCAAAAAAUCCACCACUCCCAAAGCUAGAAGAAAAAUUAAGCUGCCCUUGAAAAAGCGGAGAUCCAGUGCCUUCCUGGGGAGAGAAUCCAGGGAUUUGCACAUUGACCAUCAGUUCUCAGCAGUCACUGAAGUAUUUGUUCCUGAAAUCGCUGAAAAUACUUCAGAGACCAAGAACAGAAAUUCAUACAGGUUUCAGUGCCCUUAUGCUGGUCAGUUUCAGUGCAAAUUUACCAGCCUUGUGUUUGAAAUGGAGGGAAAGGGGGAGGUGCAGUACAAUUUAGACUCAUGGUAUUGUCAUCCCUUGGAUGGAUUAAGUCAGAUGCAGCCUGCAGGACCUCUGUACAAUAUUUGCUGCAUUGAAGGUUCAAUUACUCAUCUGCAUCUACCACACUGUGAGAUACUUACUGAGGGAAACCAGACUGAGCUGCUGGUGGCACAUUUUGCUGGUGAUAACAUAGAGAUCCUGAAACCCCUGAAGAUGACAGAAACACAUGUGAUUAUUAGCGUUGAAGGCCUCUCCCUCUUUGCCAUUAUAAAAAAUAUUUUCUACAGCAAUAAUAUCAGCGCCCAGGUCCUGCUCUUUUAUGAAGAAAUCACUGGCAAGCAAAGCAAGGUCAAACUUCUCAUCCACUUGUUGCCAAGGAACGUGCCAGUCGAAGAAGUGGAAAAAAGGCACAAACACAGCACAUACUAUGAGACCAGUUCCAUGUGCAAACUUACUCCUGGUAGUAAAUACAGACUAUACUGUGACCCUUGCGUAUGCCAGCCAAAGGCUGCCACUUUUGAUUGUGAUUAUGGCCCAAACUACCAUGCCACGUUUGCGAUGAUCAUUGAGGCUGAGAGGAUUAAAGUAGGUCUGUUAGAUGAAGAUGACGUGAAGGUGUGGGGGCCAGAGGAUUUUUUACCAUCAGGUAUUUGUUUUGUAGGUCAUGGAAGCAGCGAUACUCAAAAGAUAAAAGGAGCUGAAUUUGUGGAUGAACACAGAACAGAGCUCAUUCAGAGAGUUUCCUGUGUACUGGAACUAGCAGACUCACUACAAAGCCAGAAAAUGAUUACUAGAGAAAUGUACAAUAGGAUUGAUGCUGCAGAAACUUCUCAGAAACAAAUGAGAAUUAUGUAUGAAACUCUCCAGUCAGCAGGAGUGGCUGUAAAGGAAGAAUUCUAUAAGGAACUCAAAAAGAAACAGCCGUUCUUAGUAAAAGAACUGGAGUCUGGACCCAGAAGGGCUUAAUUGACACAUUUGUGGGAUCUCCCUCUGCCUCCAUCCAGUCACCAAGUAAUCCAUCUCAAAGUGACAUCACAGUCAUCAGUCUAUGAUCACCCAAUCAGGAACUGUUCUCUUGUUACUCAUCUGUUAAUUCUAAGCUUAUUAUUUGCAUACUCAGCAUUUUUGUUUGUAUUAACGUUAUUACUGUAACUUUACUGUAUUUUUCCUCUGUUCUUUUUGUUUUGUUUUUUAGUAACCUGUAUCUAUAUUUGCCAAUAUGUUAAUCUAAACUUUGCAGUUGUGUGUUGUAUGGCAAGGCUAUAUCAAUGCAUUGAAAUGAGGCUAUGAUGAGGCCUAGAUGUAGAUUAAAAGUUUUUAUUUAUGGGUUUCCUAUGCAGGUAAGAGCAACGUUGUUGUGCCACAGCCUUUUCUAAAAUGUUAGAAUUAAUGUUAGAUAGGGUUGUGCUUAUUUAUGACCCAACAUCGCGAUGGAUGGUAACCAUCGCAAUGCCACAAUGCGCUCGCCCUCGCUCUCUCUCUCUCUCUCUCUUUCGCAGCGCGGAGCUGAAUUCGGUGCAAGGCUACAAAUAAUAUAACAACUUAUUUUAGUUAAAUAUAUUAAGAUGAGUGAGGACCUGUAAAUUUAAUUUGGUGAGCUGUUUCAAUAAUUUGAAACUGAAACUGAAACUUUUUUCAGUGGUGCUACACCAUCUAAAGUAGACUGAAGGUAGUGAGGGGUAUGUGCAUAUUAUGGCUAAUAUAGAGAUUAAUAUGGAUAAAAAUAGAAGUAGCUAAAAUUAGCUUACUACAGAUGAGAUGUAAUUCACUGUAUAAUAAGAAUAUUGUGUUUCAAUAAAGAAUAUCAGCUCUUA